CAGGAGGACUGCUGCAUCCAUGAAUGAAAACUAUGUCUGCCUGAAUAUGAAGCGUAAAGGAUAUCGCAGGAAAGGUGCUGGAAUGACUGGACCCCAGCUAAAGAGAAAAUUGUGGAAGGUCAAAAUGGCAGCUCGUAGUCAGAGUUAUGGCAGCAACAAAUGUUUCAAAUGUGGACAAGAAGGCCACUGGGCCAACAAGUGUACAGGCAAACCCAAGGAUAGUCAAAACUGGAGCACAUCUGAUGUUGAUCAGGCACCGGUAAAAGAAUCAGAUUUCCCCAGCCUGCGAGAGGCAGCUUUGAUGGGCAGAGGCAUCAAAGGUAUUUCAUUUCUAACU